AUGCAAGGCACCGCUCCCCCUUUCCCGUCCGCCGCCCCCUCCCCGCGGCGUGGAGCCGACGGCGACGACGGCGACGGCGGCGGCGGCGGCGGCGGCGGCCGCCUGCCGGACCCACGUAGAGGGGGGGACGGCGUUGGCGGGGGCGAAAAGCUCUACCCCAUAGAGGGCCUUGGGCCCCCGAAGCAGAGGGGUAUCCACGACCGGGCGAUAGGGGGGAACGUAAGCAGCGGCAGGAUCGCUGGGAGAGGGGGCGGGUCGAGGCUGCGGUCCGGCGGCGGCGGAGGCGGAGGCGGCGGCGGCGGCAGCGGGGGCGGCGGCGGGGGCGGCGGGGGCAGGGGACAUACCAGGCCCUCCCCUGGGAUCGCCGGACCGCAGCCCUGGGCCGGGCAGGGAAUGAAGAAGUCAACCCUCAGGUCGAAAGAGCUGCUUAGCGGCGGCGGCGGUGGCGGCGGCGGCGGUGCAAACGCCGGCACGACGAACGCCGGUCGUGCGGAGGCGGCGGAGGGGGACGGGGCGGCGGCGGGGGGCGCCGCUUCGUUGCGCGGGACGGCGGGCAGCAGUAGCAGUAUCAGUAGCAAUAUGAGCAGUCACCCUUCUGCUGCAGCACUUGCGGGAUCGUUGGGGGCGGACGGGAAGGCGGCGGCGGCGGCAGCUCUCGGCAGAGACGGAGGUCCCGUUGAGGCCGACGGGGGCAGGGGCGCGGCAGCGGCGGCGGCUGCGGCAGCGGCUGCGGCGGUAGCGGCGGCUUCGGAGAAGGCUAAGGCCAAGGCCGUCGAGGAUGCUCUUCUCGAGCAGAUAUCGAGGAUGUACGAGGAGCUUGCCAAGGUUAGGGACGAGCAGGACGCCGCCCGCCCCGGGGGGCAAGACGGCGCGAACGGCGCCACGGGGCGGCCGCGGAUCAUCCUCGUCUCCCGCAGGCUGCCGUACAAGCUGCAGAUGACGUCAUCCGGCCGUUGGACGACGGAGAUCCCGAAGGCGGACCAGGCGCUGCAGAGCUACAGGGUGGUGCACGAUUUGAUGGAAUGCAUUUGGGUGGGGUGGCCCGGGACGUACGUGGAGCCCGGCCGGGAGUGCAGCCUGACGGACCAGCUCAAGGACCGACGCCUUGUGCCGAUAUUUCUGGAUGCCGCGAUGGAGGACAGGUUCUACGAGGGUUUCUGCAAGACCAUCCUGUGGCCGCUCUUCCACUCGUCCAUGCCCACGACGGAAGACACCAUUGCCUGCCACGACGCCGACUCGAUCGAGGAGCAGCGGGAGGAAAGCCAGCUGUGGUUGGCUUACAAGGCGGCGAACCAGAGCUUCGCGGACACGAUCCAGGACGUCUACAGGGACGGCGACCUCAUCUGGGUGCAUGACUACCACCUCACUAUGCUGCCGCAGAUGCUGAGGAACGUAUUGCCUUCGGGGGUGGAGCACAACGGGCACUUCGCGAACGUGACGAUCUGUCCGGUUGGCAUCGACCCGGAUGCGGUGACGCAGCUGUGCCACCAGCCGGACGUGAUGAGGCUCAUGCAGCGGUGGUCCAAGCAGACCAGGAACAAGACGAUGCUCCUCGGGGUGGACAGCCUGGACGCUACCCGGGGUCUGGUGCAGAAGUUUCUGGCCGUAGAGGAGAUGUUCGAGAUGCAGCCGGGCCUCGCGGACAAGGUCAACUUCGUGCAGGUUUGCUUCACGGGGCCGCACUCCCGAGAGCGCAUGGUGCUGGAGGCGCAGGUGCAGGGCUUCGUGGCAAGGGUCAACUCCAAGCUGGGGAGUAUCGACGAGGCCGGGCCGGUGCAGUUCUUCCUGAACGUCAACCCCAACGAGCUGAGCGCGCUGUACGCCAUCGCCGACGUGCUGGUCAUCACCCCCAUCCGCGACGGCAUGGACGUGGUGCCGUUCGAGUACGUGGUCUCCCGGGAGUGCCGACGCCUCCCCGCCACCGUCGUGCUCAGCGAGUUCGCCGGCUGCGCCAGGUCCAUCGGCGGUGCUGUUUUGAUCAACCCCUGGAACACCACCGAGUUCACCGAGCAGAUGAUCGGCGCCAUCAACAUGGAGGAGAACGAGCGAGAGAUCAGGCAAUCGUUCAUGUACAGCCGUUGGCGCCUGGUGGCGUUCAACCUUGAAGGCGUUUUGGCGAGGGCCUGCGCCUUGCCGGAGCUGGUGCAUAUCCCGGCGGAGGCGGCCGCGUCGCUGGACUCCCUGUCGAGGGAGCCCAAGAACAUGGUCGUGGUGAAGAGCCCUCGGAGCCGAGACACGCUGGAUCGCCUGCUGGGCCGCACGAACUGCGUGCUCGCCGCCGAGCACGGAGCCUUCAUCCGAUGGGGGAAGCACGCUCGGUGGCAGGUGUCCCACUUCCUGGAGAUCGUCGUCACCCGAUUCCGCAGGCUGCUCAAGUCCAAGCGGUCCGAAGACAGCCUCCAGUUGCACGGACAAAGUUUCGAGCAGGACGAAGAGGGCCACGGCGAGCGUUUCUCUAGCGUCAUCGCCGGCGUCGACAUCGGGGACGCAGACGGCUACUACAGCGGGAGAACACGACACCGGCGCUCCCACAGUGGAGACUCCCAGCCCAGCCUGCGGAGAAGAAGCCUGUCCAGGACCCCGACGCUGCGGCCCAUUUGUCCCCCGGAGGGAAUCUUCUCGCUAGACGCGGGAGGCGUCGGCGCUUGGGAAACCCUCAAGGGAGCGGCCGGAGUGAAAUCCCCUGGGGGUUGGAGCUCGGGGACGUCGGAGACUGAUUCUACUGACGCGGAGGCGCCGCCCGAGGCUGAGACCGGCGCCGACAUCGAGUUCGUGCUCGUUGUGGCAGGGGGGCACGACCUAAACGACGAGUGUAUCUUCGAGGCGAUGACCCCGCCGGAGUACGGUCUGGAGGAGUUCGUGGAUGGCGUGGAGGCGCUGGACAUGCCGGACGACGUCAUCAACAAGGUGCACGGCGAGACGAGCGAGACUCCCGCGGGCGACGGCGGCGGCAUCGCCGGCGGCAGCAACGGGCCCAAGAAGACGGCGAGCGUGUCCAUCCCGCCCUCCGUCGCCGCCGGCGGCGGCGGCGGCGGCCCCGGUGGCGGGGCCGGCAGCGGGGGGAGCGGGGGGGGGAGCGGGGUCGUGGCGGGGACGUUCUCCAAGGACAGGAGCGGCGGCGGCGGCGGCGUCGCCGGUUCGGGCGCCGCGAACGCCUUCGAGAAUUACGCGCACGUCAACGAGGCCCACUCAACCUCCAAGAAGAUACCGGUGACGACGAUCGCGUCCAUGUCCAUGAUCGGCACCACCAUGACGGGGAACGCCCAGACCAUCACAUCUCUCGGGGGAGUGGUUCCCGCACCGGCGUCUCCGUCUGCCAACGCGCCGGGAGAGGAAAAUUGGAACUGA